AUGGCUAACGCGCUCAGAAAUAUCAUAGUUGUUGGAGGAUCUUUCGUGGGAAAGGCUACUGCUUCGGAGCUGGCGAAUGUCGUCCCGAAUACGCAUAGGGUUCUCUUGGUUGAACCGCAUAGCCAUUUCCACCAUCUGUUUACUUUCCCACGGUUCGCCAUCGUCCCUGGUCAUGAACAUAAAGCAUUUAUUCCAUACAGCGGACUCUUUUCUCCCAACCCAAAGGAUUCUCCCUCGCGCCAUUCUGUCGUCCAAGCACGUGCCCUAUCAGUCCAGCCUCAUCAUCUCCAGCUAGACCAGGAAUGGCAUGGGUCAAAUCAAAUCCCAUUUGAAUACCUUGUCGUCGCAACAGGCACGCGCCUUGCGCAGCCCGCGGGGAUGAAGCAUGACGAUAAACUUUCUUCCGUGUCGUAUCUGCAGAAACACCAAGCAGAUGUCAAGCGCGCCAAGUCCAUUCUUAUUGUUGGCGGCGGAGCUGUUGGUGUGCAAAUGGCGACAGAUCUGAAAGAAUACUACCCCGACAAGGACAUCACGGUCGUGCAAUCCCGGCCAAAACUGAUGCCCCAGUUUCAUGAGAAACUACACGAGAUCGUCAAGGCUCGAUUCGAUGAGCUCGGUAUCAACCUUGUCACGGGAUCCCGCAUCACAAUCCCACCAACCGGCUUCCCUAACACUGGCAUGCCAUUCACGGUCCAAUUAACUAACGGCACUGAACUCACAACUGACUUCGUCAUCAUGGCCACCGGCCAAACACCCAACAACCAGCUCGUCAAGGACCUACCCCCCUCAGCGGCGACAUCCAUUACAAACCCCGAAAACGGGUUCAUCCGCAUCAGACCCACAAUGCAGUUCCAAGACCCGAGCUACUCGCAUCUGUUCGCUGUGGGCGAUAUUGCUGAUACUGGAGUGCGGAAGGCUGCGAGACCGGGUGCUGCGCAGGCGGUUGUUGUGGCGAGGAAUAUCCAGGCUUUAAUUGAGGGGAGGACGCCUGAAGAGAGCUUCGAGAGGGCUCCGGGGGCCAUUCAUAUUACGUUGGGAUUGAAACAUAACAUCGUCUUCCGGAACCCGAAUGUAGCGGAGGGUCAGACUGAACCGACUGUUAUUCAGAAACCUGAGGGACAGGAAGACAUGAACGUGGAGGGAAUGUGGCAACGGUUGGGCGUUGCGAUUGAGAAUCAGCACCAGUAUCAUCUGUAG